AUGUUAGACGAACCUCCAAUUGUACCUUAUUCGUUUACUAUUAUUGGUUCGGCUAUAACUAUGAGAAUGGAUCCGAUUAAAUUUUACAAAAGAGCUGAAGGAAAUAAUUUUGUAUUUAAUGCGAAAUUAGCAGAUGCAUCGGCUGAAGCAUCUUACAAAUCUAUAACCGUGCCCGUAUUUGUACCAGUGAUUGAAAUGGAGACUAAAAAUUAUUUUUCAAGAUGGAAUAAAUCAUCAGAUAUUCUAGAUAUCCAUAUAGCAACAGCUGAAUUAAUUAUCAUGAAAUCAUCUAGAUGUUUAUUUGGUGAUGAAGUUCGUUCUAAAUUAGAUGAACCAUGA